AUGCCUGCCGUAGCACCGUUGCUUCGCGUCCACUUCUCAUCUCUCGCCGCGCUGCCACGCAAAUCUUUGCUCCGACCGCUCAAGCCGCUCCUGACGCCGUCUCUCGCCAGGCUGCUCGUGGCGCCACCCUCAGCCUCAUCGCGCCCAGCCGUAGUCGCCAUGGCGGCCGAGUCGCGCGGGCUCCAUUCAUCCGCGAAUAUAGAAUCCUCGUUAGGAGGCGAAACCGUGAUUGAACUCUUGCCGUCGUGGGCGCAGCGAACGCUCUGUCCGGCCGGCAGUGGUUGCGGCGACGGCGAGUGCGAGCUGCUCCACGUGGACCCCACGUGGCGAGAUGUCCUGUCGAGCCGACACGUUGCGCAGAGCAGGGACGGCAGUGGCGCGUGGGGGAGCAGGCCGCGGCUGAUCGUGUGCGCGGGACCAGAGAGGUCGGGUCUAAAGCUCGUGACCGCCGCCCCAGUUACUUUGACGAGUCGCACGACUUCCCUCACUGCACGUUCGCGCGCUCCACUCCCCAUGCAAUCCUCCUCCCUUUCCCCUCACCUCACUGAACCCCCUUCACAUCCCCUUCCCCCCAUCCCCUUCGCCCUCUACCCACACACUUCACACCCCCACCCGUCACCACCCGCAUCCCCCCCCUGCGGGCUCCAAGGCUCCACGUGGCUCUUCAACGCCGUCCGCCUGCUGCUCGCCCACUCGGGCCAGCUGGCGCUCUCCUAUUGGCUGCACUCCAUCUCCGCCAGCAAGCUGCGCGCCAGGGGGCUCACUCCACUCUGCAGCCGCGGACCUGGGGGGGAGGGGAGGGGAGAGGGGGGGGGAGGGGGGUCCGCGGAAUUAGGGGGGAGAGGAGAUGGGGAGGGGGUGAGGAUGGAUGGAGGGGAGUGGGGAGGAGUGAGCGUGGUGGUGAAGACACACGAGUGGGCGGAGGGGUGGGAGGAGGGCGAGUGGAGUGGGGUGCCCCUCCUGGCCACACCCACUAUCCGUGUCCCCAACACACUUGCACUGCCACACAUUGAUGCCACUGGCUCCUCAUCAGUGAUUGCCUUCACUCGAUUCUCUCUUACCAUCUUUCGUCUCUCUCCUCCUCUCCCUGCUGCAUCGCACCUCGUGAGUGCCCCCCUUCAUCUACAAGCACACUCGUCUCUGCCUUCGACUACACCAGCAGUGCGACCGUCACCCCCAAGCACACUCGUCUCUGCCUUUUCCCCCCUCUUCCUCACCCUCUCGCAUGCACUCCCGCAGUCGCAUCAGGGCCACCCGUCCCACUGCAAGCUCUGGACGAAGAACGUGUUUUACCUCGCCCUUCUCGUUCACCCGCGCAUCAAGGCCCACAUGCAGGCCUACCUGUGCGACCACCAUCGCUGGAAGCAGCACGCUGCGGCCGUCAUCCCCUUGGCCUCCAUCGUGCCGCCCGGCAGCCCCUCGGAGCUGCUCUGCCUCUCCCGCCUCGCUGCCCUCCUGGGCCUCACCACCCUGGAAGGGGCGGCGGAAAGGGCAGCGGCUGAAGGGGUGCCGGAAGGGUCCGAACUUGAGGCGAAUCUGAGCAGUGUGGGGAGAGGGGGGGGUGGUGCGAGGGCAGUGAACUUGCGUGCCGUGUCAAGCGCCCUUGCUCAGCUGCCGCUUCCCACAGGCUGGGCGCCUGACCCGGUGACCAAGCUGUGGCCGCGCCACAAGGGUUUAGCCCACGCAGACAAGGGGGGAUCAGCACGGGGCCUGACGCGAGAGGAGAGGGUGGAGCUGCAGCAGUUUGUGGAGUCCCUGGCGCCACCUGAUGCCUCUGCACCCACGGAGUAG